UGAAUCGGUCUCUUCGUCCCGAGCAGGCCACGUUGUUCCUCCCUUCGUCUCCCCCCCAACAAGCUCCCCUCCCCUCCACCCACGACACCCAGAGCCGAUUCACCAUCCCGCAGCCGAGCGGCACACACCGCUCGAUCCCCACAUGUGCACGCGGCGAUGAUGGCCACUGAAGCCGAUCCUCGGAUUUUCACGGAUGGAGAGAACUGCAAGUCGUCGUGGCGAGAUGCGGGUGCUGAUUACGAUGAGACAGACACACAUCUGGAGAUCAUGGGAAAACCCGUCAUGGAGCGAUGGGAGACCCCAUACAUGCACAAGCUGGCCUCCGUCGCCAGCUCCAAAGGCGGACGGGUUCUGGAGAUCGGCUUUGGCAUGGCUAUCGCGGCCACCAAGGUAGAGGAGAGCGACAUCACGGAGCACUGGAUCAUCGAGUGCAACGAUGGCGUCUUCCAGCGCCUGCAGCAGUGGGCGACGAAGCAGCCGCACAAGAUCGUGCCACUGAAGGGGCUGUGGGAGGAUGUUGUGCCAACGCUGCCGAAAGGACACUUUGAUGGGAUUCUGUACGAUACCUACCCACUCUCCGAGGCGACCUGGCACACGCAUCAGUUUGACUUCAUUAAGGGUUACGCCUACGACCUCCUCAAGCCUGGCGGCGUGCUCACCUACUGCAACCUCACGUCGUGGGGCGAGCUCAUGAAGAACAAGUUCACCGACAUUGAGAAGAUGUUUCAGGAGACACAGGUGCCUCAGCUCGUGGAGGCGAAGUUCAGGAAGGAGGACAUCAGCGUGGAGGUCAUGGACUUGGUGCCACCCUCCGACUGCAGAUACUACUCCCACACCAAGAUGAUCGCCCCCACCAUCAUCAAGCACUAAGCGGCACGCACGCACGCACUGGGGAAUGGCAGCAAACGCUGUCUUCGUUUAUCUUCCAGAUUCACCACUUGCACCACCACUGUGCUUCAUCGGGGGCACGUUUUACCGAUUGUUUCUACUGGUAAAUCCGAGCUGAGCCAACACGGCGUUCUCAUGGCACAGUUCGUUUUUCCACUCGCUAUUUGCCAAGCCGAGCCAAAACCAAGCCGCGACAACGCUGCUGGCCUUUCUAGGCAAGCGGGGCCAGGGAUCAUUAAGCGGGGGCUUCGCGUGUUGUGUUGGUACGCUGUGAGUACGCAGCAUUUUACCACGUCAUCUACCGUGCACAGUCCCACUUAUAAAUAUAUUCAACUGGUGGUGUACUACUUUGGCAGUGGUGCACAAGCGCAGAUAAUAAUAACAACUGACAUUCAUCAGCAACACUGUGACCCUAAAAGAAAUGCUGCUUCUUCAUCGCACUUAGGCCAGAGAGGAGAGCGAGUGGAUACACAAGUUGGACUGCGCUUUGCAUCAUUGUGCUAAACUAGUUCACUGUGUGGUAGUGUCAGCGAGACACGGCUCGGCUUUUGCAGUGGAAAAAAACUACUCGGCCAGGCUGGAUUGGUGCGGUUUGGUUGUACGGAAGAAAAGAGGAACAAAAUGCAACUAAUCCUGUCAAUUAUUGUACUGUAAUUAGUACAGUAGUUUUUUUUUUUAACGAAAUUCAGCAAAACACUGCUGUUUUUCAAGGGGCUUCUGUAUAGAUAUGCGGGUCAUUUUACCACGUGACUCCUCCGGUUUCCUGUUUCAAAAUGAUGUUUGAUGCCUGCGGAUGAUGAAUAAAUAAAACGGUAAAGGUGCA